AUGUCCCCCGUGUUUCAGUUCAACGACAUCUCGUUCCUCACGCGUCCAGUGGUAACAACCGGAGCUCGGAUAUCGAUCUCACGCCCGGCCAGGGCACGACGUAACGUCUGCUCUCAGCCGGAAGUUCAUCGCUAUAGAACCGUGCACGCAGGGUUUUCGAAAAAGCGCACGACUUUGCAACUUCGGAAACGACGCGACGUCGAUGAGCCCUCCAGCCGGCCAAUUCGACCACCUCCUCGCCUAGCUGCGGCACCGAUAUCGAUUUCACGAACUGCUAAGGUGGCUAAUGAUGUAUGUUCCGAGAAAUUAAAGCCACGUGCCCACCUACCGUAUCCGGAAUCGAUUUUGCGGCCUAAAAAGGUAUCUCUGAAAAGACUAACUGGCUCUCGUCGUCCACAAAUUAGCUUCAAAAAGUCUGCACCGUUGGUAGUUCGAAGAAGUAACGUUUCUGUUGCGGUACGUGCUGUUCCGAAAUUCCUGGGUCCUCUUAAGAAACGUCCAGCACUUGCUGCUGCUCCAUGUUUACCGAAAAAUCGUCCAUGCAUUGAACGUCGUACUAAGCCUUGUAAAGGUAGGUAA